AUGACCAAGCUCAAUGUUAAAGGGCUGUGUGAUACGUAUGGCAGGGAAGAGAUGCAACUUCGACUCACCUCGCCGACGGGCGUGGCAAAUGCACUUGUUGUGCGCGAAGAAAGCAAUGAAUCACCAUCGGAAGGUGAUAACACGGUCUGCGACGCAAGCCUGAACAGGCCUGCUGGCUCCGGUGAAUUCAGCAUCGUGCUUGAGUGGGUGGCUUCAGGGGCAUUUGCAUCAACAACGGCCUGUAGCUCGGGCUUUUUGGGCUUCAUCAAGCGUAGGCGAAUCAACACCCGCAGGGUGUGCCAGGCUGAUGACGGACGCUUCGACGACGAACACAAGAAAAUAAUCCUUGCUUAG